AUGUCCCAACGCCCAAGGAAGUUCCAGCGCAUCUCCAAAGCUUGCGACUUUUGCAACCGGCGCAGCAUCAAAUGCAACAAGAGCAGCGGCCCCCUCGCGCCAUGUCAGAAUUGCUCGGAUUUUGGAGUCCCCUGUACUUAUGAUCGACCCACCAGGCGACGCGGUGCACGGAAACAUGAACAUGCCAGUCCUGUACCCGCGGGAGGACCCCUGACGGGAUCCAGCGAGAGCGGAUCGGAGGUGUUUGGGAAGCUUCCAGUUCCUGUCUCGCGGAAUUCAAGUAAUGGAGUAACUAAUAGCUCCCGCGCUGCCUCGAUACCGGCUCUGCCGGACAGCGCUGGGGUUAAUCCGUGGAAAGCGUUUGCGGCCGCUUCGCAGGGGACAAUUCUUGAUCUGGCGCAGGUGUAUCUCGAGAUUGUUUAUCCCAUAUUUCCACUAUUCCACUGGCCUUCAUUCACAAGAGCACUCGAGAACCUGGACUACCUCAAAGACGAAGGCCUCUUUGCGUCGACAAUGGCCAUGUGCGCCCUGGCCUCUGCGCGCGCUCGCGACGGAGCCCUCUAUUCGAACCACUGGAACUUGCAACAGCUAGCAAAUUCACCCUCCGAAGCAUUCUGGUCUGCGGCCAAAGAAUCUAUCCCCCGUGACCUGUCUGCUGCCAAAGACACCGAGUAUAUGAGGACUUGCGCGAUCUUGAGUAUAGCGAGUAUCCAGAAUGGUCAGAUUCAGGAUAUGCACAAGUACCUGGGCACCUAUCAUACCCUGGCUGUAAUGGACGGGCUGCAUGACGAGAAGUUGUGGCCGAAGGAUCUUGAUCCGAUUGUUGUGGAAAUUCGGCGGAGAUUGUUCUGGUCGAUUUACACGCUGGAUGUCUAUUCCUCCAUCGUCUGGGGCGGCAUCAUCCGCCACCGAGAGGCCCAGUCGAAUGUGCGCUAUCCAGGCGAUCUAAGAGACGAAUUUAUCUUGAGAAACGAUACGGUAUCGCCCGCCAGCGUGGACCAGAGUGUCGUCUCCGCAAACGGAGCAUCAAGCGACUGGAUCGUCGGCUGGAAUUUUACCACCGACAUGUAUCGCAUCCUCGAACACGCCUUGGACAGCCAGCGCCGACGCUCCCCACCAAACAACGGAACCGCCGAAGUCUGGUCGUUGUUUCGACCCGCGCAGAUGGCAGGACCGUGGUUGAUGGAGCAUGUCCUGGCCAUGUACUCGGCGCUCCCUCCGCCAUUCCGCGAGGCACGACCUGCUAUCGGCGAUAUCUCUCAUGAUAUCUUCGGUUUUCAGUCUGCGAAUAUCCAGGCUACCCUGCAGCUGCUGCGCAUGGUCAUUUACUCGAGUGAGGAGCAGGGCGUCGACGGGAAAUGUGAUGUAGCGGGGCAGGUCCUGAGUGUUUUCUCCAAGGUGCCCGUUGAGUAUUUGAAGGCGAUUAGUUCUCCUCUGCUGCAUCAUUUGGCUGGAAUUGGGUACAUACUUGGCUCGGUGAUGGAGGGGAGUCUAUCCGAGUCUUCCUACCAGCGAGUCCGUACGCUCCUGUUGGAAAUGGCCGACCUCCUGCACCGUCUCGAAUCCGGCCUCCGCCAAUCCACCGGCACAAGCGAGAGACUCCGAGUCCAAGUAGGCCGAAUCGACGAGUACAUGGCCACCCAAAGGACAUCAACAUCGAACAUACCCCCAGCACCGGCACCGGCACCGCCACGACCGCUCUCGAUCCCCGCCACAAACACAGUUAAUCCCGCGCAACCCGAUUUGAUCUCGCCCGUCUAUCAGCAGGAGAAUAUCCCACCGAUACAGCCGCCGCUGACGGGGCUCGAUGAGCCGAUUACGUACUUUCAGCUGCCGCCGGAGUUGUUGGAUGAUUGGCCCUGGCCGUUUGAUGCGAGUGUAAACGAGGGCAUGUUUCCGCCUGCUUUUAUCAAGUAA